UGUUCUACCAAGUUGCAUUUAAAUCAACAAUAUUAAAAGUAUGGCUUAUGUCUUAAUAUGUUAAAGUGAUAAAUACAGGACACCGUAGUGGUGUAGGUGACAUAGUCAAGUCAAGUAAAUUUUAUUUAUAUAGCCCAAAAUCACAAAUCACAGAUUUGCCUCAAAGGGCUUUACAGACAGCAGGUGAAGCGCCACCAUUGGCGAGUAGUGAUGCAGUGCGUGUAGAGGGGACCAGGAGAGGAGCAUUCUAGUGAAGGGACAACAAAGCUUCAUGAACCAUUUGCUUUAUUUACAGAGCCCACUAGAUGGUGCUCUUUGUUCAACAAAGGGCUGAAAACACACUCAAUUAUCAUUGCUAAAGCCUUUUUUAAGCAAAGACCACCAUCUAGUUAGCCUGGCUAACACCAGACUAAUCAAAUGAGAUUAGUCUGGAAACCAGCCAUUCAUUUCUCCAUAGAGGAGGUGUGGUUUACGAUCCUCCGGAGCCGUUUAUUGGGCGCUACGAAUGUCUAUCAAAAUCGUCAGCUCUUAGCCAAUCGUAUCAGUUAUACCAGAUGACGUAUGUAGAUCGACAGAAAUGGAUGUUUACAUCUAUGGUUUACAUAUCCAGACUAGCCCAUCUCUACGUUGAGACUAAAAUGCUCAAUUCUGCUUCUGCAACAUUUUUCUGCAGCAUGUUCUGACUCUGGCUGCUCACCAGCAGUGUUGGUGUGUGUGUGUGUGUGUGUGUGUGUGAGUGUGUCUGUGUGUGUGUGUGUGUGUGUGUGUGUGUCUGUGAGAGAGUGUUGCUUGCUGCUUUGCUUCUCCAGUUCUCGCUUUCUGCAAGAUUAUUUAUUUUCACCCCUUAUUCCCCCUCACACAUCCACUGAUUUUAUGGGCAAUGAACAGGCUGCUGCGGGUCUCUCGGCGGCUCCGCUGUCCCCCGGCUCAUAGCGAGAUCACCGGCGUUACAGCAGUGAGCGGUAGCGGGGCUAGUUGGUAGAUUAGGCUUUUGCCAAAUCCUGUUGGAAGCAAGGCUAAAACAUCCUUUUUGGUGGUAAAACAUGAGUGUAAAGUCAAACGUUGUUCUUCUUUUAAAAUCAACUUUUAAAAUCUAAACUAUUUAAAACGCCGUCUACAGCUAAAGAGAGUUUCGCGUCUGCUGCAGCCAUGUUGGAUCCAUAAGAAAACUACAAAACUACAAGCUUCCGUCUGCCGAGUAGUUUCCGUCUUACCGUCCCUCCCCAUUCUGUGAUUGGAUCCCUAAAACAGGGCUAAGAAACGGCCCUGGUUGCCAGACUGCCUGGAGGUUCGAAAUGAAAUUCGAGCGUGCAAGGCAGUAUGGGUAUACCCAGGCUACCAUCUAGUGGGGUCAAAAAAAUAAAGCAAAUGGUUCACAAAGCUUCAUUGUCCUUUCACUACAGCAUUCCCAUCUGGGGCUGACCAAGAUCCACGACAGUGAGGCCAGCAGGAGAGAGAGAGCAGGACCACAGCUCGACACCCUGUGAAAGAGAGAGCAAAGAAAAGUGAUGUCUGUGAAGCUGCGAUUUGAAUCUCCCUCUGACGGUGGUUUGAUCCAAAGGAGCUGCUCCUUCACAGGGUUCAGCUCUCUGACUGGAAGACGCCGGCCGUCUUCUGCUCAUAAUUCUCUCCGCUCCAAAGCAAGGACAGGAGGUAAAUCUCCCAGAAUGCCCCUGUCUCCCAGCAGAGGAGGAGGAGCUAUCUGGUCUCUGCAGCCAGAGCAGGUCAACACGGUCUUCCAGGCGCUACGCAAAGGACUCAAGGAGUACCUGGAGGGUCACCAGGUAGAGAUGGACUUCCUGUCUUCACAGCAGAGAGAGACCAAGAGGAACUCCAGACUGGCCUUUCUGUAUGAUCUGGAGAAGGAGAUCAGAGCAUUGGAGAGAUACAUACGGAGAUUAGAAUUUCAAAUCAGCAAGGUGGAGGAACUGUAUGAGACGUACUGUAUUCAGUGGAGGUUGUGUCAGGGAGCGGUCAACAUGAAGAAAGCCUUCUCACUGUCGCCCUCCACCAGAGCCUCCAGAGAGAGUCUGCUGGAGCUCAGUCGCAACCACAGACACAGCCUGCAGGACAUGUCAGUCGUGGAGGGACAGUUAGAAAUCCUCCUUGGAGAGCUUCACAUUAAAAUGAAAGGUCUGAUCGGUUUUGCUCGACUCUGCCCCGGAGACCAAUACGAGGUGUUGGUGCGGUCUGGCCGCCAGCGUUGGAGGAUCCGAGGGAAGAUCGAAUCAGACAACACACAGUCCUGGGAUGUAGAGGAGAUGGUCUUCCUCCCACAUAUACGCCACAACUUUCAGAUAAAGGUAACAGAGGCAAAGGGUUUGGGUUGGCUGCUGGUUGGCAUGGUGACGUGUGCGAGCGCAGACUUCUUUGUGGCGAGGCCGCAGCUGAUGCUGGUGGACAUCACAGAGCUGGGAACCAUCAAACUGCAGCUGGAAGUCUCCUGGAAUCCUUUUGACAGCGCUGAGAAGAUGAGGGCACUCAGCAGGCGGUCUGCGUCCAGCAGGAAGAGCUCAGUUUACAGCUGGACGGCACCGGGCACGCCCUCCUUCACUGAGAAAUACUUUAUAACGAUGAUGCGUGAGCUGCAGGAUCCAGAAGAUUCCCUCCCGUCUCUGGUAUCUAAAAGUCGACAUCACAGAGGAGGUGUGUCUCUGCUCAACUACCUGCCUGACCCAUCACACACCAUCAUCACACCCAACCACAGCCCGCAGAGCUCCUACAGUCUCACCCAGACUUACAGCAACCCCUCCAGCCACAGUCAAGGCACCAGUCUGGGAGGAAGCCAGACUCAGCUCCUCCUUGGGGAGGAAGGAUCCAUGGAGGUCUCGACAGAGGAGAGGGAGAGCAGGAAGAGCCUGGGUGAGAAGGAUAGAGAGGAGGAGUGGAGGACUGUGUUAGAUACUGCAUCUACACCAGCAGAGAGUAAAACAGGUUCCCUCCUGGAUCUGAAGAGGUCCAGCACUCCUGAUAUCCUCAGAAAGAACACAGCUGGAGAACCAGACCAGGACCCCACAGAAUGUCAGUCAUAUUCAGCCCUAGCCUUGCCUAUAUCCCCUGUUCAGCUCACAGCUGUAACCCCUUCCUCACCCAUGACCACUGGCCAGACGCCGGGCAGGCUGGGGCGCCGAGCACAGGCCAUCAGGCUGGGAGUCUUGAUCAUGGAGCUGGAGAAGAUAUUACAAAACCAGAACUGCUCUGAGAAGGAAUUGAGAACCCUGGACCACCAGAUUCUUCACCUGACAACCAUACUGAAGAACGACCUCUCCCUGAUGACCAGUUCAUCCUCAGAGGAGACUCUGGCUGUCGAGGAAGUCCUGGGCAGCUUUGACUUUCUGUCAAAUGAUUUCAACGUAGAUGAUGAUACUUCCUGUUUGGGCAGCAUGAGGCUGAAGGACAGUGGCGUCGGUUCUUUACAGCAGAGCGCUUUGAGGAGUCUUGGCCUCCUCAACCUGAACAGCCAAACAGUCUCUGAAGAAGAGUUAGUCAUCACCCCGCUAACUACUGGGAACUGGGGUCUUGACCAGGCACUUGAGACCCACCUGGAUAUAUGCUGCCUCCUGCUCCAGAGGAUAAGAACGACCGAGUUCCUCCCAUCUCGGAGGGAUCUGCUGGAGGAAAUGGCUCUCCAAGCUGAAGUUCUGGACCGAAUGAGCUGUCUGCUGCUAGAGAAGAACGACACCAUCUCUGCUAGAGACAUCCUCCCUAAGGACCAGAGAAUGAGGGACGUGCUGUUGUUCUGGCAGGAGUGUGUGAACGACAGCAGCUCCCCCUUCUGUUGCCUCUCAGACAGUUUCUCCAGGACGUUAAAGAAACGUUACACCCACAAGGUGAAGGCCAAGCAGCCCGGCCAGUCAGAAAAAGUGUUUUCUCAGCUCCUGCAGCAGGUCCAGACAGCCUGUCGGAUGGUGCCCAGCCCUCGGGAAGUCUGCAGUCCAGAGAGAGUCACCAUCUUCCAACUGUCAGUGUAUCUUAAACGCUGGAGCAUCCUAGAGCUGGGAGAGCACAUCUCACGCCUCUCCAAAGAAGAGUACAUCUUGUCAACCCUGAGGGGCCCCAAAAGAAGGCAGGCUUUAAAUAAGCUGAGGGGGCGGUGCAUCACAGAGCUCCUCCCACUCAGAUGCACACUGCAGACCCUCGCUGGCCUGCAGAUCGACUCCAACCACAAAGUCUGCAAAGCUGCUGCCAACUGUCUCUGCAGAGCUGCAGGCUGCAAGGCAUUCAGGAGCAAGGUGGUAGUUUACUACACAGAGAGUUUGAAAAGCACUGAUGUUCAUAUCCAACAUGGCUCCUGUCUGGCUCUUAAAUGCCUCAGGGCGACAGAGAGUAUGGAUCACAUAGCAGAUUUGUGGAAAUCAGUGGAUGAAGAUCUACGCAGCGCUGCCAGAGAAACAGUCCUCUCUUUUGGUAAAAAGGGGCACCUGGCCUUCCAGAGGAUGGACCAGCUGUACGCUGAGGUGCAGGAAGAGGUUUACCAAAACCAAGAGACUGAGAUAACUUUUCUAUAGGAAACAAGUUUGGUCCUUAAAUACGCCUUUUUCUGAAGGGAUCCGGCAUUAGGAGUCUCAAUCAUUUUGACUGUCAGGGUGAGAGACUAAAUAUAACCGGAGGAUGCUUCUGAGUUGGUCGGUAAAGUUUAUGAGCCCUCUAUUGAGGGGAAAUGCCAGUAUGAGGAAUUGUAUUUUCUGAUUUGUGUUUAAAGAAAUCUGUGGUGAGACGAGUGCAGAAAAAGAACUAAAGAUUGUGACUUUAACUUUGUCGGGAAGGAUCGAUUUAUUUUGCAAAAAUAUGUAAAAUUUUGUAUAAAGUUUUUGCAGUAUUACUUUUUAACCUGCUGUAAAAUUAUCCCUGCUUUUUCAAGUUGGCACUUACUCUCAAAUAGGUCUACAUGCUUGUUAUAUUAAACGUGGCAAAAUUAGCAAAAAUCCAAAAUAUCAUAUAAAUAUUAAACCCUAAAACCAAAUAAAUCUAUAAUAACUGCUGUGAA